AUCAUAAUCUCUGUAAUCUGUGGUUUUGAUUUCUCGUUUCUGCACCGCAACUGUAGUGUUUUUGCUGUUUUUCUUUAUAAUUUUUUUUUCGCCUAAGUACAAAUAAUUGUAGACUUUAGUAAUGUCUUAUCAACUGUAUAGAAAUACUACCAUCGGAAAUACUUUACAAGAAAGCCUUGACGAAUUGAUUCAAUAUGGUCAGAUUACUCCGGCUUUAGCAGUAAAAGUUUUGCUGCAAUUUGAUAAAUCUAUUAAUCAAGCUCUAUCAAACAGGGUCAAAUCAAGGCUUACUUUUAAAGCUGGAAAACUUAAUACCUACAGAUUUUGUGACAAUGUGUGGACAUUUAUGUUGAAUGAUGUCGAGUUUAGGGAGGUACAGGAAGUUGCCAAAGUGGAUAAAGUGAAAAUUGUGGCAUGUGAUGGGAAAAAUGUUGAAGAUCGAAGGUAACAUAUAGUGAUGAUACAAUUAGUUGAAUUUUUUCUUCCCUAUGUAUUUAAUUAAAAAGUAAACAUAAUAGGGAUGAUGACUAAUUUUUUUUUCUUUGUUUAUUAGGUAGAUUAUCCAAAAGUAUUGGACACGUAUUUUUUCUUUUUUCAUAUAAUAUAAACAUUGCAGAGAUAUAUUGAUUUGAAAAGUCACAUGACGUCACGUUUGAGUACACUUAUAAGUGAAAAUUCACUCAAAAGUGACGUCACGAGCCCCUACUCCCAAACUUUGACACGCUUUAACUUUGUCAUUUUUUGGUUGAUUGCCCAAAGAAAAAAUAUGUGUCCAUUAUUUUUUGAUCAUCUAACUGACGGACUAAAUAGAAUUUCGUUUGCUGUACCCCGUCAUCACCCCUAUUCAAACUAUAUACAAAACAUUACAAUAUUGUGGAUUCUCAUGAAAAUUAAUUAAUAAAUUAUUUAAGUGACAAUUACCAUUUUCAUUAUAAUAUUCUAUGGCUAGUCAUCUAAAAUAAUACUAUUUGAUAACACCAAACAUGAUUGUUAUUAUAAAUGUAUGUAUUGUACCUUUCGUUUCUCGAAAUAACAUCCUUAUGGUCUUCUCAUCAUUCUUACAUCCAAUCGAUCCUUCUCCUUCAAACACUGUACUUAAACAUGUACAAGGGAGGAAGAUGCAAGGUUUCACCCAUGACAAAACCAGAAGGACACUACAAAUGAUCAUGACUAGUUGCUGAUCAACAGCAGUGAUCAAAAAUGCUAUUUACUUUUUCAUUUACUGCCAAGGACAUAUCUUUUUGAAAUAAAUACUGUGUCUUGUUCUGUGAAUUGUUAGUGUCUAUUUAUAUACUUAAUUAUGUUUUACUGAAGUGCCUCCAGUGAACACAAGUGACAAUCGCUUUCGGUAGGUUCCGUUUGUGCGAACAAUGACUGCACCGGUAGUAUUGUCUGGAUUUUACAGACCCUAUUCAGGGCGUUAGGUAGGCGUCGUUCAACCCGCGCCACCUAAUGCCCAGAAUAGGGUCAGCUUGCCAAUAAUGAAUUAUUAGUAAGAAUUUUUGUUGUCAUGUGUUUCCUUAAUCUACCAUAACUUAUAAAUGCCGGAAGAGAUUGAAAUUUAUUGGCUUUCGUUACAAUUCUUAUCGUAUGGGCUCCGGGCAAGGAGUUCGAUGGCGCAAGUGGUUGGCGUUUUCGGCUGCUAACGUUGUAGUAAAGCAACUUUCGCAGUGGUCGAUUAUUUGAUGAGUGACCUAAAAUUUGCUAUCUCGGCUCCUCAUGCUUGGGAAGGCACGUUAAGACGUUUUUCCGGCUGCAUCUGCAGUCGUUAGCACCAACCAAUCCGCACUGGGCCUGCGUGGUGGGUCAUGGCCUAAUUUCCCUAUUCCAUCAAUAGGGAAGGCCUGUGCCCCAGCAAUUAUAGGCUGAUGAUGAUAGUAUAUUUAGUAUCAGCUGUUUUGAUAAAAUGUUCAAAGAAUAUCAGUUUACUAAUGUGAGUUUACAGUUAAUCCCAAUGCAGCUAUUCUGUAUGUGGAUGGAAUAGGGUGAUGGAGCCAUGGUAUAUAUAUAGAACUAAGGUAUUGUGUAAGGCUACUUAGGUAUGUAUAGUAACUGCAUUUUUAAUGUGUUGGUUUUGGUUUAACACUAAUAAUUUACGUCUUAAUGAAGGUAAAGCUAAAUGUUUAAAAAUUUUAUUACCCAACGCACAUUGUACACAAACCAGUGUAACUAUCAAAGAUACGAAUAUGGACCUUGUGGACACUACAGUAUUCUUAGGCAUUACACUAAAUUCGAAGCUUCUUUAGGGCCCACAUAUUAAAAAAUUGUCGAAGAGACUUAGCUCUGCAGCCUACGCAGUAAUGAAGAUACGCCAAUUAACUGACGUAGGUACUGCUUGAUUAGUAUAUUUUAGUUAUUUUCAUAGUGUGAUGCUUAGAUUAAAACAAAAAGGGUAGAUACGGUACGCUCAUACUUGCAUCAAACAAAAACUGAUCCCACGGCAGCGCGAACGAACGGCGAGAUCCGCGUCACUGCAUUACCGACCCGAACGAAACAGCACGUUAAGUUUCAACGGCAGCGCAAACGAGAUGGUGAGAUCCGCGUCACUGCAUUACAGACCAAUCAGGCGACCAGUACUCGACGUCACUACCGAAUAAGAUUCAAAACAAACAACAAUUUUUAUGAAAAAAUAUAUUUUAUAGUACUUCGAAUGAAAAGUGAUGCCGUGCGUGGGUUUUAUUUUUAGUUCUUGAGCAAUUUCAGCACUUUUUUAAAACACACUUAGGGAUUGUUUUAACAUAUAAACACAAAAUAUUAGCAAUAUUUCUUUUUGGCGUUCACAUGUACGUCGUUUGCAUGUCAAGUUGUGACUAAAGCUAUUAGGGUCGUGGACCACAAUUGGUGCGGAUCACUUUUGUGAGACUAGUGCCGUAUCUACCCUUUUUGUUUUAAUCUAAGGUGUGAUAUACGGUAUUUUGCUGUGGGGAAAAAUUUAAAGAAAUCGAUAUAAUGACUGUUGCUUCUCAGUACAUUUAUGAAAAUUUAAUGUAUGUUCGAAAACUUAACUGGUGGUAGGGUAAAAAAUAUUGGACGAUUCAAAAGAGUUGUAUUGUGCAACCAAUUUAAAUAAAGAUUUUUGACUUGAGUUUAAAAUUGAAAUCAAAAUAUGUCUUAUUUAUUUUAUUUUAAUAUAACUGACAAUAUAUACAUGUAGUAAUCUAAACCGUCAACUGAUCUAUAAAAGAAAUAUAAACUAAACAGACUAUGAGAAACAUAAUAGACUAUGAGAAACAUAUGGGUAACAAUCCAAAAUUGUAUACAGGUAUUAUUACUAACGAAAAUUACAAAAAUAGAAUAUUAUUCAGAGAAAAAAUAAAGGUUUCAAUUAAGUUAUUGAAUUUAUUAUAUGAAUUCUUUGAUGGAAGUAUCAAAUUAAUCCAGAUUAUCUUUAAAGAAAUAAGUGAAUAUUUUGACGAAGCAAAUAAUUAUAUAAUAAAUGAGCCUUUUCCAUGAUCCAAUUUUUUUUCUAUUGGUUCUUAUAACUAAAUAAUUGAAAUAACAUUAGCAAGUGUGAUGUCAUGAAAACCCGUAAAAACCUCCACCUGCUCAUGAUAGUUUGAAAGACAGUAGAUAUUUGAACCGCUUUAAAUGAAAACAGGUCCAUUACAUCUGACAAGUUCUACAAUAUUAAAUGUAGGUGUAAUUUUUUCUGCAAUUUUCUUUCCGAUUUUUAUAGUUAAUUAUUAUUUUGCAAUAUUUGAUUUCGUUUUUUUAUAUAAUAUUUUAAAUACUUCUUAGUUUUUGUGCGACAGGUUGUUUAUAUUGCUAAUCAUUUCUGCGUAUAAUUCUGUUUAUUUGAUAGAAGUCGAAAUUCUUUAAAUACUUUAAGAAAAAUCCAAUCAACCCCGAUACAACCUGAAAUCCUAAUUAAACAGUUUAAGGCACCUCGCGCACUAGACGACCAACGACGACCAAAAAGUCGCGCAUUUGUUCGCAACGUUUAACUUUACUUUUUUUUUAUAUUAACGUAGGCAAAUGACUCUACCCCACCUGAUGUUAAGUGGUAAUAAAGUCCAAACGCGAAGAUAGCUGGUACAGCAGUUAUAAACUGCUACACCAAUCAUCCUCACCUUGCCGGCCUGCAAAAAUGCUUCUUCACGCCUCUCUUAAAGGACCCCAGAUUAUAGGAAGGAGGGAACACUUGCGCGGGUAAAGAAUUCCACUUACGAAUAGUACGAUAAAGAAAUGAGUCACCAAAUUUCUUUGUUCGUGUAGGAAUGGUGGCCACAGUAAGUCGGUGGCAACGUAGGCCUCUGAAGAAAAGGUGAUGGAGGGAUAAGGGAGAAUAACUCCUCAGAACACUCGCCGUGGUAUAGUCGAUAAAAUGCGCUUAAUGAUGCUACAUCGCGGCGUAAUUGUAGAGACUCGAGUUUCUUGGUUACCUCUUCAUCGCCAAUGAUGGAUCGCAUUGCAAUCACUGAUUCGGGAGUUAGCCGCAAAGAGUUUUGCCAACAAAUCAGGUUUCUCUUGCGGCUCAUGAGCUAGUGAUCUGGACAUCACAGAGGUGGCAGCGAGGGCUGGCAGAAGUUGUGCUGCACGGCCUUAGCCAAACGCCAAAAACUACGGGAGCCCGUAGGGUGCGUUAACAAUUCGUGGACGUUACACGUUGAGCAUCCGCUCUGAUGUAAGCCUUUUUGCAAGACUUGGAAGCAUUAUUAUAGGCAGCUUUCAGUGAGUGAACCCCGGGAUCUUUAAGAGCGCGGCCUCUGGUCCAAGGCCGCCUGCUUACGAGAAACAGCAUCAGCACAGUCGCGAUUGAACCAGCGGUUACGUAUUUUUUUUUUAUGUUAUAGGGGGCAUACGAGCAGACGGCUCACCUGAUGAUAAGUGAUCACCGUCGCCCAUGGACACUUGCAACACCAGGAGUAUCACAAAUGCGAUGCCGGCCUUCAAGGAAGGAGUACGCUCUUUUUUUGAAGGUUCUUGGGUCGUAUUGGUCCGGAAACACUGCUGGCGACAACAUAUUCCACAGUUUUGUCGUACGUGGUAAAAAAUUUCGACAAAAACGCACGGUUAUGGAUAGCCACGCAUCAAGAUGAUGGGGAUGAAAUUUUUGUCGCGAUGUACGAUGGCGAAAUGCAGCAGCUGGAAUUAAUCCGAACAAUUCCUCAGAACACUCCCCGUGAUAAAUGCGAUAGAAGAUGCAGAGCGAAGCUACAUCCCUACGCUAAGCCAAAGGAUCAAGCUGAUCGGAAAGGUCCUGGUCGUCGACGAUUCGAGCCGCUCGGCGCUGGAUGCGAUCCAAAGGGAGAAGCUGGUACUGGGGUGCCCCCGCCCAAAGAUGAGAGCAGUACUCCAUGAGAGGCCGAACCUGUGCCUUAUAAAGCUGCAGUCGGUGGGCCGGUGUGAAGUACAUUCUCGAUCUAUUGAGCACACCAAGCUUCUUAGAGGCCAAUUUGGCCUUGCCCUCUAAAUGAUCCCGAAACUGGACGUCGCUCGAUAUGUCAACGCCAAGAAUUCCAAUACUAGCUGAGGCAGUUAGAGGAGUGUUCUCAAAAAGAGGAGAUACGACAAAUGGUAUUUUUUUGCGGUGAACGCGCAUACUUGUGUCUUCGUAGGGUUAAAUUGGACUAGAUUAAGUCGGCCCCAAUUCGUUACUCGGUUUAACAAAGUUUCGACUUCAGACACAAGUUUGUUCCGGCACUCGAUGACGUUUUCCCGUGAAAUGUUGGCGCGGCCGGUAUAUAGGGCAUCACCCGUGCUGUCGUCUGCAUAACAAUGAAUGCCAUCAAUUUGAAGCAUAUCAUUGAUAUGAAGAAGAAACAGCGUAGGCGAUAGCACACAGCCUUGUGGAACACCAGCGUUUACGGAUUUGGAGUCCGAGCAUGCACCGUCGACUGCGACCUUUAUGCUCCUGUCCGCAAGAAAUCUAGUGAUCCAAACGCACAGCUUUUCAGGAAGCCCAUAAGAAGGAAGCUUCGAAAGAAGCGCUUUGUGCCAAACCCGAUCCUUUGCGAUAUCCAGACCGAUCGCCAAUGCUUCCCCCUUGGUCUCGAUCGCCUUUGCCCAACGAUGAGUCAGGUAUACUAGUAGAUCACCAGCCGAGCGACUCUGACGGAAACCGUACUGGUGGUCACUGAUCAGCUGGUGGUCCUCUAGGUACCGCAGGAGCUGGCAAUUUAUAAUGGACUCCAUUAUCUUGGAGAACAAGGAGGUGAUGGCUAUAGGCCUAUAAUUAGUAGGGAGUGGGCGGUCGCCUUUUUUAGGAAUCGGGUGCACUAAAGCUGUCUUCCAUGAGUUCGGAACGACACCUAAAGAGUAGGAGAGCCGGAAAAGACGCGUUAGUACCGGAGCCAUCUCAGGAGCACACGUCUUCAGCACAAUUGGUGAGAUUCCAUCAGGCCCGCUCGACUUGUGGAUGACAAGGGAAAAGAGUGCUUUACGCACUAAGCUUUGUGUGAACCGGAUCUCCGGCAUAGAUCUCUCACACCGCGGGAUGGUCGGCGGUAUGUAUCCCCUGUCAUUUAGAGUCGAGUUAGACGCAAAGAGUGAGCGUAAAAGAUCUGCUUUCUCUUUUGCAGUAUGGGCCAUCGAUUCGUCGCCAUUGUGCAGGGGUGGAGAUAUGGCUUACAGAAAUUUCCUUCAACAGCCUUGGCAAGAGACCAAAACGCGCGUGUUCCAGAGGGAAGUUUUAUUAAUCUCUCGCCAAUGCUGCUAAUGUGCUCCGACUUCGCUCUGGCAAUUACUCUUUUGCAGGACCUGGAGGCCAAGUUAUACUUCUUUUUGAGAUCGCUAGUGUUGUUAUCCCCGACCGCCGCUGCGUUUGCCCAGGCCUGAUAACACAUCUGUUUUUGGCGAGAUGCCAGUUUACAGUAGUGACCAAACCAAGGCUGGGAUUUGCCACCAAUGGGAACCACAGAGGAAGGAACAAAAAGUUCCAUACCCUGAAGGACAACAUCGGCGACAGAAUCGGCAGCGACGUUGGGAUCAUUCUGCGAGAAGCAAACCUGGCCCCAAGGGUAGGAUGAAAAGAAAGUGACUUAUAGUGCCACACACGACGACAGCCAGCAAAUUGCGGCCGCGGUGAGUAAGUGAGUGGCACCAUACUCCGGAUUAGACAAUGGUCCGAAGAGCCAAGAGGGGCAUCUAUGGACACUUUGUAAUUAUCCGGAUGUGAAGUCAGCAGAAGGUCCAACAGUGAAAGUAUGGUCUUCGACAUCUGGGAUUCGCGUAGGCGAGGUGACCAGUUGUGUCAGACCAUAGGCCAAGGCGAAGUCGUGAGCAGAUCUGCCUGCAUGAUCGGUAGUUGGCGAUCCAAGCCAUUCGGAGUGGUGGGCAUUGAAAUCGCCAAGGAUCACAAUUUCAGAUGAUGGGAUCUGCUGAAGCACGGAGUCUGUAGCCACCUGGACGUGAUCAUAGAGUCGGUCAAUUUCGGUAUUUCCGCUAUGGGACCUGUAGAGGCAGGCGUAGACGCGGGGAUGGUCAUCGACGUCUACACGCAACCAUCGUGUGCUCUUACUGAUGAGAUUAGAAUGUGGAAUGUAAUACUCCAUUCCCAUUAAGAUCUCCUCAGUAAUAGCAACGGCGCUGGUCGAUAGGUCCUUUUCACUGAAACAGCGUUGCUUCCAAGGCAUGGACGCAAAGUAUUCGCGCAUACCAUCCCAAUCUGCCGACCCAUAGUGCCAGACCCUGCGUUUGACCACCAAUGGUUGAGGGGUUUUGGCCUGUGGCACCUUGGCAGAUAUCAGGCAAUGAUCUGAUGAACCCAGUAGGCCUCGAAACACAACCUGAUACUCCUGCGGAUGAGUCAUAAGCAGAAGAUCUAGCAAAGAAGGCGCUUGACUUGCUAUAUCUGGGAUCCUGGUGGACUGAUCAACCAGUUGUGACAAGUCAUGCGUGGGAGCGAAUGCAUGGGCAAAGAUCCCUGCAUGGUCAGUUUUAGAGGAGCCCAGCCACAAACCAUGGUGGGCGUUAAAGUCCCCCAAAAACACCAGUUCUGCGUUGGGAAAUUGCGCCUGGGCAUCAUCUGCUGCCCUACUAAGGUGGUCAAACAGUCGAGUUGUCUCAGCGUCGCCGGUGUGGGAUCUGUAGAGGCACACGUACACUCUGGCCAAAGGACCAGAGUCUACAUGUACCGCCAACAUGGAGAAGGAGGAGUCUAUCAGGCAGCUCAAACGGCGACAACAAACAUCCGCCCGAACAUACAGGCAUACGCCGGCUUUUGCUUUGAAGGAUUCUUCAAGCACGUAGCCGGGAUAAUUAAGGUAGCCUGUGUCAGCGGGCGGAAGUAUUU